AUGAACCCUUCUGUCUCAGCAAACAGGUUACCAGAGCGGAGUUGCGAUGACCUGAUCUUGGAUAGCAGAUAUGAACCCUUCUGUCUCAGCAAACAGGUUUCCAGAGCGGAGUUUGGGAAGUCUAGGUUUCAUCAUAGGGUCCACUCCAUCCAUCAUAAAGCAAAUGAAUCCUUUCGAAUUCCAGCUCAGAAGCAGAGGGUGGCCUGUUGGCCUCCGGUACAGGGGCCACUGGUUCAUCGUAAGCAUUGGGGAGAUCAGCAGGUAAAUUUAUAG